GGAGCAUUGCUUACACAGCAACAGAUCCAGAAGGGAAUUAUAGCAGAGAAGCUAGAGAUUUUGUCACUCACCGAUCGUAGUGAAGAUGGGAGGGAUUUGGUUGUAUGAGAUUAUGAAUCUUACCAAGAAGAGCUUGAACUUGGUGAAGUUGAACAAUUUUCGACAACUGAAGGAACUUGCGAACACCAUUGAUGAGAAAUGCGGGUAUUCGAAUGAGGCAUGGAUCAUUGAAAUCAAUCACAUGAGCAUGCGCAUCAAAGUGUAUGAUGCAUACUGGAAAGUGGGGGUAGAAGUAACUAAUGAUAAAAAUAAAAUAGCCGGGCUAUGGGACAUCCAGACGGAUUCCACUCGCAUCAAUUUCAUUGUUGAAGAAGACAAGAUUUGGUUUUAUCCCACGCUAUAUCCUCUCAAGUUGGAUGGAAAGGAACACAACGCGUGGAUCAUGGAUGUCAAUGCAAAUGAAUGGAAAUGGGAGGGUCAUGACAUUGAUGCAUCGUUGAAAGCUGCGGAAGUGACGACAUCACAAGUCUAAGAUUGCAUGCUUGUGCGAUUUGUGCAAUCAUAAGACUUUUGUCCUUGAAUAGCAAGUACACCUCAUCGUUGCGUGCAUGCAAAUUGUUAUAUGUAUACCAAAUUGAAAUAAGAAUGAGGUUUGUGUGUCAUUGAUGCCUUUCAAUUUUCUAAUUAGGGUGUUAGUCUUGGAAAUCGAACGCAAGUUUCAGUUUGUUAGUUCGAUUUGUUGUUGUUAUGGUGUUAUAAGGCAUUAUAUAUGCCAAAAUAAUAAUAGACCAUGUGUCUUGUUUGGUUU